AAACAGUAAGAUACAUCACUUUGACUGAUCACGAUAUUUUUAUAUUAAAUUUGAUUUAUAACAAAUUGUUUAAAUAUACAAUUGCAGAGUUUGUUUAAUUACAAAAUUGCUUUUUGGUGAAAUUGACCAAAUAAAAAGACAAGAAACAUGUCAAGUUACAAAGAUGCAAUAUGUCAAUAUCAAUAUAGCGAUAUGGUGGAAUAUACUAACAGCCGUUUUUUUAUUUCAUCCUAUAUUUUAAACGCAGUAUUUAACAUAGCUACGAAUGGUUUUUUGAUUUUGGGUUUACAUAUUACGACCAAAAACAAAAAGUACACUCAAAACGAGAAGCUUGUUAUUGCACUAUCCAUUACUGAUAUAUUAUAUGCUCUAAUAGUUUCACCAUCUCAAACAAUAUUAUUAAAACUGAUUGAUAAUUUUGGUUGUUUAGAGAUAUCUAUUAUAUCAUUUUUUCGAAUCUGGUUGUUAGGCUUAUCGAGCUCAAUUUUUAUAUUAAUUUCUUUUGAGCGUUAUCUUACUGUAUUUUAUAACAACAAGAUUUGUGGAGUUACAAUCAAAGACUCCUACUUAUUUGGAUACCUUUCAUUAGUUAUUAUUUUUACAUGUUGUACUGCUGUCAUGUACAGUGUCAUGUAUGCUACAUCAAGCUUGCAUCUACAGUUUAUUCUCUAUAUGUGGACUGGUUUUAUUACAAUGCUUUCACUUUUUCUGAUUAUUUUUGCUAAUCUUUUAAUGCUUGUUCAAACUGAAAAAAAAUUGAGAAGAAGUUCUGUUCAAAUUCAGAAAAACAUUGAAAUAAAAAACUACAUAACAAAAACCGUAGUAAUAAUAUCACUUACACAUGUAUUGUUUUAUACUCCGUGCUUAAUAGCGCAAUAUUAUUUGUCGUUUGUUUUUUCAAAAAAAAAUAUUUCUCAAGUUCCAGGAGUUUAUCGGGUACUUAUGUGGACCAUAGCCAUUAGAGAAGUUAGUUCCUGGAUUAAUCCAUUGAUUUAUGCUGUUAGAAACAGAAAAGUUUCUAAGUUAUUUGGUUCUAGAAUAAAUUCAUUACUUGCAAAUUUUAUACUAAAGGAAAGACCGACCCGAGAAAGCACAUCGGAAUGCAGAUCUUUAUCUGCAAUUUAAUAAACUUUUAACAUUUUUUUAUUUUUUUAUUUUUUCUAAGUUUAUGACUUAACGUAUAAACGUUAAAAAAUAAUAUGACGUAACGUAUAAAUGUUUAACGUAUACCGUAACUAAUACUGUUUUACUUACUUAGUUUACUUUGUUUUUUUACUUUACCUUUUAUAAGUUUCUGAAAAGUUUAUUUCUAAAUUAAA